CCAGGAACCGGCACCAUGGUGAAAAGGAAAAGCUCGGAAGGGCACGACCAGGAGAGCGGCCGAGGGGUUCCGCUGCCUAUCCAGACCUUCCUGUGGCGGCAAACCAGUGCAUUUUUGAGACCCAAACUGGGAAAACAAUAUGAAGCUUCAUGUGUGUCCUUUGAAAGAGUUUUGGUUGAAAACAAGCUGCAUGGUCUUUCACCAGCUCUUUCUGAAGCCAUCCAGAGCAUUUCACGCUGGGAAUUGGUUCAAGCUGCCUUACCACAUGUCCUUCACUGCACAGCCACUCUGCUUUCCAACCGGAACAAGUUAGGACAUCAGGACAAACUUGGUGUUGCUGAGACAAAACUCCUUCACACUCUCCAUUGGAUGUUGCUAGAAGCACCCCAAGACUGUAGCAAUGACCACUUUGGAGGAUCAGGAGACAGAGGAUCAAGCUGGAGAGGAAGCAGCAGUGCUUUUAUCCACCAGAUUGAAAACCAAGGAUCUCCAGGGCAAUCGAGAUGUGACAGUACCAAUGAGGAAGAAGAGAACAGCAGAAGGAAGUUUUUUCAGAAUUCAAUGGCUACUGUGGAGCUUUUUGUAUUUUUGUUUGCUCCUCUGGUUCAUAGGAUAAAAGAAUCUGAUCUGACUUUUCGUCUUGCCAGUGGUCUGGUUAUUUGGCAGCCAAUGUGGGAACAUAGGCAGCCAGAAGUCACUGCCUUUACUGCACUGGUUAAGCCCAUCAGGAAUAUAAUCACAGCAAAGAGGAGUUCUCCAAUCAAAAACCGGGGUCUUACAUGUGAAUCUCCUAAUCUGGAUGCUGAGCAUACAGAGGGCCUGCAGAUAGUGUGUGAAUCAACCGAAUUGGACUCCAUUCCACCAAGGCGGGCCUUCCUAGGCUGCCACCGUGGAAAUUCCACUGAUGGGAGCAUCUCAUCCCAAGCAUCCCAAGAGAAAGGACCCCCCUACCCUAGGAUGUCCUUGGUGAUCCCACCGUGCCAAAAGUCCCGCUAUGCCACUUACUUUGAUGUUGCUGUAUUACGAUGCCUGCUUCAGCCACACUGGUCCGAGGAAGGCACCCAGUGGUCCUUGAUGUAUUAUCUCCAGAGGCUGCGCCACAUGUUAGAAGAAAAGCCAGAGAAAUCACUUGACCCAGACGUCCCCCCAUUGCCAAGGCCGCGCAGUAGUUCCAUGGUGGCUGCUGCUCCCUCACUAGUCAAUACCCACAAAACACAGGAUCUCACAAUGAAAUGCAACGAGGAAGAAAAAUCAUUAAGUACCGAAGCUUUUGCUAAAGUAUCCCUAACUAACCUGAGGAGGCCAGCAGUUCCAGAUCUCUCCUCUGAUUUGGGAAUGAAUAUAUUUAAAAAGUUCAAGAGCCGCAAGGAGGAUCGUGAACGCAAGGGCUCCAUUCCCUUCCACCACACAGGGAAGAAAAGACAACGACGAACAGGGGUGCCCUUCCUGCUCCAUGAAGACCAUUUGGAUGUAUCACCGACUCGGAGCACAUUCUCUUUUGGCAGCUUCUCUGGGAUUGGUGAAGACAGGCGUGGCAUUGAGAGAGGAGGGUGGCAAACCACUAUCCUAGGGAGAUUUACUAGGCGGGGAAGCUCCGAUACGGCAACUGAGAUGGGGGGUCUGAGUGCUCGGCAUUCCCAUUCCCAUCAUACGUUGGUUACGGACCUGCCAGACCACUCCAACAGCCACGGUGAGGUGAUACUCAGAAUACGUUCCCAAAUUUCUACCAUCACAGUGGCCACCUUCAAUACCACUCUGGCCUCUUUCAAUGUGGGCUAUGCCGACUUCUUCAGUGAGCACAUGCGCAAGCUGUGCAACCAGGUGCCCAUACCAGAAAUGCCCCAUGAGCCCCUGGCAUGUGCCAAUCUCCCUCGAAGUCUGACAGAUUCGUGCAUCAACUAUAGUUGCCUAGAAGAUACAGAUCACAUAGAUGGGACCAGCAACUUUGUCCACAAGAAUGGCAUGUUGGAUCUUUCGGUGGUUCUUAAAGCAGUUUACUUGGUCCUGAAUCAUGACAUCAGCUCCCGAAUCUGUGAUGUGGCCCUCAAUAUUGUGGAAUGCCUGCUUCAGCUUGGUGUGGUGCCCUGUGUGGAGAAGGUCAGAAGGAAAAGUGAGAAUAAAGAGAACGAGACCAGUGAGAAGAGGCAAAGCGAGACCUCCUUUCAACUCAAGGGGGUUCUGACUACCUCCGCAUCUGGAUUUGGGACUGCUCCAGUCAUGGGAACAGGAGAUGGUGGUGGAGAAGGAGGAGGAGGAGUUGGAAGUGCUGCUGGAGGAGGAGGAGGUGGUGGAGGAGGAGGAGGAGGAGAUGGAGGAGGAGGAGGAGGAGGAGGGGGAGAAGGUGGAGGAAGAUCUUCUGAAAAGAAUGAUAAAAAGGAAGACAAGGAUGAAAAUACUCCAGUAAGCACGCAUAGGCUGGCUCUGACAAUGCUGAUAAAAAUUGUGAAGUCUCUCGGCUGUGCAUACGGCUGUGGAGAAGGUCACCGAGGACUCUCUGGAGAUCGUCUGAGGCAUCAGGCUCAGAAUUGCCUUACAAAGCUAUAUAAGCUGGAUAAGAUGCAGUUUCGUCAGACAAUGAGAGAUUAUGUGAACAAGGAUUCACUGAACAACGUGGUGGAUUUUUUACAUGCUUUGCUAGGAUUCUGCAUGGAGCCAGUCACUGACAACAAGGCUGGUUUUGGAAAUAACUUUACCACCAUGGACAACAAGUCUACAGCCCAAAGUAUUGAAGGCAUUAUUGUCAGUGCCAUGUUCAAAUCUCUGAUCACCCGCUGUGCCUCUACUACACAUGAGCUCCAUAGUCCUGAGAAUCUGGGUUUGUACUGUGACAUCCGACAGCUGGUCCAGUUUAUCAAGGAGGCUCAUGGAAAUGUUUUCAGAAGGGUAGCUCUCAGUGCACUUUUGGACAGUGCAGAAAAGUUGAUUCCAGGCAGAAAAACAGAAGAAAAUACUGAACAAGAGCCCAAACCAUCAGGGAGUAAAAAAUCUGAAGUAGGAAGUGUUGUUAUUGAUAAAGGACAGCUAUCUUCUGCUCCUGAUGAAUGUCGUAGCUAUACCUCAGGCCGCCCAAUGCAAAAUCCUGAGCAUGAUGAACAAAUGCAAGGAGCAGCUUUAGGCCGCAAGGAUUUCUGGCGAAAAAUGUUUAAAUCUCAGAGUGCAGCAAGCGAUACCAGCAGCCAGUCGGAGCCAGACACCUCCGAAUGCACAACUGCACACUCAGGAACGACCACUGAGAGGCGCUCCCGCUCCCGCUCUAGACGGAUCUCCCUGAGAAAGAAACUCAAACUCCCGCUAGGUUGUUCAAUUAUUGGGAACUGGCUGAAACGUUCAUCAAUUUCUGGUCUGGCAGAUGGUGUAGAAGAUCUUCUGGAUAUCAGCUCUGUAGAUCGUCUCUCUUUCAUCAGGCAGAGCUCCAGGGUGAAAUUUACUAGUGCAGUGAAGCUAUCAGAAGGCGGGCCUGGAAGUGGCAUGGAGAAUGGGCGUGAAGAAGAGGAGAAUUUUUUCAAGCGUCUUGGUUGCCAGACUUAUGAGGAUCAUCUGGCUUCUAACCAAGAGGGAAACAAAUCCAAGAAUGUGGUGAACCUGGGAGCCAUACGGCAAGGCAUGAAGCGGUUUCAGUUUCUCUUAAACUGCUGUGAACCAGGAACAAUCCCUGAUGCUUCUAUCCUUGCAGCUGCUCUUGAUCUUGAGGCACCGGUGGUGGCAAGGGCAGCCCUUUUCUUGGAAUGUGCUCGCUUUGUGCACCGCUGCAACCGAGGCAACUGGCCAGAAUGGAUGAAGGGGCAUCAUGUGAACAUUACUAAGAAAGGCCUUUCUCGUGGGCGCUCUCCGAUUGUGGGGAAUAAACGAAACCAGAAGUUACAGUGGCAUGCGGCCAAGCUCUUCUACCAGUGGGGGGAAGCAAUUGGAGUCCGUCUCAACGAGCUUUGCCAUUGUGAGAGUGAGAGCCCAGCCAACCUGCUAGGCCUCAUUUAUGAUGAGGAGACCAAGAGGAGGCUGAGAAAGGAGGAUGAGGAAGAAGACUUUUUAGAUGACAGUACUGUGAAUCCUACCAAAUGUUGUUGUCCUUUUGCCUUGAAGAUGGCAGCAUGUCAGCUUCUCCUGGAGAUCACCACUUUUCUUCGAGAGACCUUUCCAUACAUGCCCAGGCCACGUACUGAACCUCUUGUGGAUCUGGAGAGUUGCAGGUUGCGUUUGGACCCUGAGAUGGACCGACACAGGUAUGAGAGGAAGAUCAGCUUUGCUGGGGUUUUGGAUGAAAAUGAAGAUUCAAAAGAUUCCUUACACAGCAGCAGUCAUACCUUGAAGUCUGACACAGGUUGUGAAGAGAAGAAAGAAGGAAGCCCUUGGAGUGCAAGUGAACCUAGUAUAGAACCUGAAGUGCUCAGCAGCACUGGAACAGAAGAUAACUAUCACCGGAAUAUGUCUUGGCUGCAUGUGAUGAUCCUGCUAUGCAACCAGCAGAGUUUCAUCUGUACCCAUAUUGAUUAUUGCCACCCUCACUGCUACCUCCACCACAGCCGUUCUUGUGCACGCCUUGUCCGGGCCAUCAAACUUUUAUACGGAGACACUGUGGAUUCACUCAAAGAAAAUACCUUACUAAACAGUGUGGCCAGAGGCAAAAAACAAAAAGAGUGUUCAGACAAGUCAUGCCUCAGAACACCGUCCCUGAAGAAAAGAGUGAUGGAUUCUAAUCUUGAAGGAAAAAAAGACUCUGGAAUGCUGAAAUAUAUAAGGCAUCAGGUGAUGAGCCUGUCUCCAGCACCACUUUCACUGUUAAUCAAGGCAGCUCCCAUCCUCACCGAAGAGAUGUACGGGGACAUCCAGCCUGCAGCAUGGGAGUUGUUGCUCAGUAUGGAUGAGCACAUGGCUGGUGCAGCAGCUGCUAUGUUCCUUCUCUGUGCUGUGAAAGUACCAGAGGCAGUUUCAGAUAUGCUGAUGUCUGAAUUUCAUCACUCGGAAGCAGUGCAGAGAUUGAAUGCCAUUCUGAAGUUCCACACUCUCUGGAGAUUUAGAUAUCAAGUAUGGCCUCGCAUGGAGGAAGGUGCUCAACAAAUCUUUAAGAUUCCUCCACCAAGCAUUAACUUCACCCUGCCCUCUCCAGUGCUUGGAAUGCCAUCUGUCCCCAUGUUUGACCCUCCAUGGGUUCCCCAGUGCAGUGGGAGUGUGCAGGACCCCAUCAAUGAGGAUCAAUCUAAGUCGUUUUCAGCCCGGGCAGUGUCACGUUCUCAUCAACGAGCGGAACACAUUCUGAAAAACCUGCAGCAGGAAGAGGAGAAGAAACGUCUGGGCCGAGAAGCUAGUCUCAUCACUGCCAUCCCCAUCACCCAGGAAGCUUGCUACGAGCCCAGCUGUUCCCCAAGCUCAGAGCAGGAGGAAGAAGUAGAAGAAGUCACCAACCUGGCAUCACGCCGUCUGUCUGUGAGUCCAUCAUGUACUUCCAGUACAUCACAUAGAAACUAUUCUUUUCGACGUGGCUCAGUUUGGUCAGUGCGUUCAGCAGUCAGUGCUGAAGAUGAAGAGCAUACAACAGAGCACACACCAAAUCAUCACGUGCCGCAGCCCCCACAGGCAGUGUUCCCUGCAUGCAUUUGUGCCGCUGUGCUUCCAAUUGUUCACUUGAUGGAAGAUGGAGAAGUCCGUGAAGACGGAGUAGCAGUGAGUGCAGUGGCUCAACAAGUCUUGUGGAACUGUCUCAUUGAAGAUCCCUCCACAGUUCUUCGACAUUUUCUGGAGAAACUCACUAUCAGUAACCGACAGGAUGAAUUGAUGUAUAUGCUGAGAAAACUUUUAUUGAACAUUGGAGACUUUCCUGCUCAGACAUCCCAUAUCCUCUUCAAUUACUUGGUGGGACUGAUCAUGUAUUUUGUGCGCACACCAUGUGAAUGGGGCAUGGAUGCCAUUUCAGCCACUCUGACCUUUCUUUGGGAAGUGGUGGGCUAUGUAGAAGGACUGUUCUUCAAGGAUCUCAAACAAACUAUGAAGAAGGAACAAUGUGAAGUGAAGCUGCUGGUUACUGCCUCAAUGCCAGGCACCAAGACCCUAGUAGUUCAUGGGCAGAAUGAAUGUGAUAUCCCAACCCAGCUACCAGUCCAUGAAGACACUCAGUUUGAAGCUCUCUUAAAGGAGUGUCUGGAAUUUUUUAACAUACCUGAAUCCCAGUCUUCCAACUAUUUUUUAAUGGAUAAGCGGUGGAACCUUAUUCAUUAUAAUAAGACCUAUGUUCGUGACAUUUACCCAUUUCGUAGAUCAGUAUCUCCCCAACUGAAUCUGGUACACAUGCACCCAGAAAAGGGACAAGAACUCAUUCAAAAACAGGUAUUUACCCGCAAGUUAGAAGAAGUGGGUCGAGUGCUGUUUCUUAUUUCUCUGACUCAGAAGAUUCCUGUGGCUCACAAGCAGUCCCAUGUAUCUCUGCUGCAAGAGGACCUUCUCCGCCUGCCCUCAUUCCCCCGUAGUGCCAUUGAUGCAGAAUUCUCACUCUUCAAUGAUCCACAAGCUGGCAAGGAACUCUUUGGCCUGGAUACACUUCAGAAAAGCUUAUGGAUUAAAUUGCUAGAGGAGAUGUUUCUAGGGAUGCCCAGUGAGUUUCCCUGGGGGGAUGAAAUCAUGCUGUUCCUGAAUGUAUUCAAUGGAGCCCUGAUCCUACACCCGGAGGACAGUGCCUUGUUGAGGCAAUAUGCUGCUACUGUGAUCAACACCGCUGUACAUUUCAACCACCUCUUCUCUCUCAGUGGGUACCAGUGGAUCCUUCCCACUAUGCUGCAGGUAUACGCUGACUAUGAGAGUAAUCCACAGCUGCGCCAAGCAAUUGAGUUUGCCUGCCGUCAGUUUUACGUUCUACAUCGUAAGCCUUUUGUGCUGCAAUUGUUUGCUAGUGUUGCCCCGCUUCUGGAGUUUCCUGAUGCUGCAUACAAUGGACCCAGCAAGGGAGUGUCUGCUCAGUGCCUGUUUGAUCUCCUACAGUCCUUAGAAGGAGAUACUCCUGACAAUCUGGAUAUUCUAGAGUUGGUAAAAGCAGAGAAGCCUCUGAAAUCACUAGAUUUCUGCUAUGGCAAUGAGGACCUGACUUUUUCAAUCAGUGAGGCCAUCAAGUUGUGUGUAACAGUUGUGGCAUAUGCACCUGAGUCUUUCAGAAGUCUUCAGAUGCUGAUGGUCCUUGAAGCUCUAGUGCCCUGUUACUUGCAGAAACUUAAGAGGCAAACCUCCCAAGUGGAAACCGUGACAGCUGCUCGAGAAGAGAUUGCUGCUACAGCUGCUCUUGCGACAUCCUUGCAAGCACUCUUGUAUAGUGUGGAAGUUCUUACUCGGCCAAUGACUGCACCUCAGAUGAGUCGCUGUGAUCAAGGCCAUAAAGGAACCACCACUGCUAACCAUACUAUGUCAGCUGGAACAAAUACCAGGUACCCAGAGCAAGGAGCCAAACUGCAUUUUAUCAGAGAAAAUCUUCAUUUGCUAGAGGAAGGCCAAGGCAUCCAGCGGGAGGAGCUGGAUGAACGUAUUGCUAGGGAAGAAUUUCGGCGACCCCGCGAGUCCCUGCUGAAUAUAUGCACUGAGUUCUACAGACACUGUGGCCCCCGGCUGAAGAUUUUACAGAACCUGGCUGGAGAGCCCAGGGUGACUUCUUUAGAGCUAUUGGAUGUUAAGUCUCAUAUGAGAUUGGCAGAGAUUGCACAUUCCCUUCUGAAGCUGGCGCCUUAUGACACCCAGACGAUGGAGAGCCGUGGCCUCCGGCGGUACAUCAUGGAAAUGCUGCCCAUCACCGACUGGACUGCUGAGACAGUGAGGCCUGCUCUUAUCCUCAUCUUGAAAAGACUGGAUCGUAUGUUCAAUAAAAUUCACAAGAUGCCUACUUUGAGGAGACAGGUUGAAUGGGAGCCUGCCAGCAAUUUGAUUGAAGGGGUUUGUUUGACACUGCAGAGGCAGCCAAUCAUAUCCUUCCUGCCUCAUCUUAGGUCACUGAUCAAUGUCUGUGUCAAUCUGGUGAUGGGAGUAGUAGGACCUUCCAGUGUGGCCGAUGGAUUACCCCUUCUUCAUCUCAGCCCUUAUCUCUCGCCACCUCUACCCUUCAGCACAGCUGUUGUCCGGCUUGUAGCAUUGCAGAUUCAGGCUUUGAAAGAAGAUUUUCCCUUAAGCCAUGUGAUCUCCCCAUUCACCAAUCAGGAGAGAAGGGAAGGAAUGCUUUUAAAUCUACUGAUUCCAUUUGUGCUCACAGUAGGAUCAGGAAGCAAAGACAGCCCUUGGCUGGAGCAGCCUGAAGUUCUCCUGCUGCUCCAGACAGUCAUUAACAUUUUACUGCCACCUCGCAUUAUUAGCACUUCACGCAGUAAGAACUUCAUGUUGGAGAGCUCCCCUGCUCACUGCUCCACUCCAGGAGAUGCAGGGAAGGACCUGCGUAAGGAAGGGCUAGCUGAAUCCACUAGUCAAGCGGCCUACCUGGCUUUGAAGGUGAUCCUUGUUUGUUUUGAGCGGCAGCUUGGUAGCCAAUGGUAUUGGCUGAGUCUGCAAGUCAAAGAGAUGGCUUUGCGAAAAGUUGGAGGGCUGGCCCUAUGGGAUUUCCUGGAUUUUAUUGUUCGCACUCGAAUUCCUAUUUUUGUACUUCUUCGCCCCUUCAUUCAAUGCAAGUUGCUAGCCCAGCCAGCUGAGAAUCAUGAGGAACUGACUGCCCGACAACACAUCGCUGACCAGCUGGAGCGGCGCUUCAUCCCCCGCCCUCUUUGUAAGAGUUCUCUCAUUGCAGAAUUCAAUAAUGAACUGAAGAUCCUCAAGGAGGCUGUGCAUAGUGGAUCAGCUUACCAAGGGAAGACCUCCAUCAGCACUGUGGGAACCUCCACCUCUGCCUAUCGACUGAGCCUUGCCACUAUGUCUCGCUCCAAUACCGGCACGGGAACCGUCUGGGAGCAGGAUAGUGAGCCUUCUCAGCAGGCCUCCCAGGAUACUCUAAGCAGGACAGAUGAAGAAGAUGAAGAAAAUGACUCAGUGAGCAUGCCCAGUGUGGUAAGUGAACAGGAAGCAUACCUUAUGGGUACCAUUGGGAGGAGGCGAUUCUCCAGCCAUCUCUCCAGCAUGUCUGCACCUCAGGCUGAAGUGGGCAUGUUACCCAGUCAAAGGGUAGCAAGUGUGCAGAGUGAACCUGGACACCACAAUCUCCUCCUUCAGCAACCAUUAGGGAGAAAAAGAGGUCUAAGGCAGCUAAGGAGGCCUCUUUUAUCACGCCAGAAAACCCAAACUGAGCCUCACAGCCGUCAUGGAGCACGACUUUCAACAACACGUAGAAGCAUACAGCCCAAAGCAAAACCAACUGUGGAUCAAAAACGAUCUGUAACCUUCACUGAAGCUCAGUCAGAGGCAUCAGCUUCAAAAUCUGAUCCCACACCUAUUACAGCCCAGCAGCAACAAUGCAGCAAAAGGAACAGCCCCACAGAAGGUACCAUGCAGGAAGUUACCAAUAAAUCUGUUGUGACAUCAUCACCUACUAUUAUUGUUGCAGAUCUCCACAGUCAAGUCUCUUCCCAUCAGCCCACCUUUUCUCCAGGAGCAAAAGGCAGUAUACACGGCUCCAUCUUAUCAUCACAAAAGCCCUGUGAGGUUGAGACACUUGCUGCUGGAAAGGAUAAAAAAAAGGAGGAGGAUUCAGAGCAAAAGUCAGCACCUGCUCAUAGUACCUCUCCAACCACACAGCUUUCUGACACUGAGGACUUUACAGGCCUGGAAACAACCAGCUUACUGCAGCAUGAAGAUACUGUGCUUCACAUAAGUGAAGACAAUGGGAUGGAGAAUCCCCUUCUUUCCAGCCAGUUCAAUUUCACACACGUUGAAAUGGGGCCAACUGAUGUUGGCCUGGAUGAGUCACAUGUUUGACUUGAAACUGUAGUACAGUAGAGGAAGCAAAGACUUUCCUCUAAUCUUCAUAGCUCUCCAUAAGUAAUUGAAAGAGCACUUUAUACACAAUGAGAGGUAUCUCAUAUCCUGUUUGGUAGAGGCGGGUCAAUCUAUUUCAUAAACUAAGCUAUGCCUUUGGAAGAUCUAGUUGGACUCAGGACACACUGUAAGAUCAAACAACAACUUGGAAUGUUCUUAGACAUAGAACUUACUCACGACAUAUCAAUCCUCUGCUUCUUAGCCUCUUCAAUAAAAUAUUACAUUAAACACAA